AAUCUGCAGUUAAAUUUUUCGAAACCUUCGUACCUGAAUUUUCGGUAAAUAUAUUGAAUGGCCAGCUUGGUCUUUCUUAUCGUUGACUAGCUGUUUGAGCAAACUGAUGAUUUCAGUUCACACUUAGAACUUAAAAGUAGCCGGCUACAUCUAGUUUUAAGCUACACCAGAAAAUAUUUCAGCUGAGAGGGAUAAGCAAAGCAGUUUGGCAGGUGGUUUUGGCUCUAAACUUGUGAUGGAGGCAAUAGCUACACAAGCAGCAGGUUCAAUUGUUGGACCAGCAGCAGAGGGAGGCAAAGGCAUAUUCAACUGUUUGAAGCGCAAAUAUGAUUAUGUGAAAAACAUGAAGAAGAACUUUCAUGAACUUGAAAGGGAAGAAAAAUAUCUAUAUGAUGAAGAGGAAGAUGUAAAAACUAGAUUGGAUAGGAAUAAAAUAAAGAUGGAGAAGACGCGCAGAUGUGAAACAUGGUUGAAUGAGGUGGAAAAGCUUAGAGGUGAGAUCGAAAUACUGAAGACUGAAUACCAUAAUACUCACAAAUUCUUCUGGGGAAUUUGCCCAUUUCCAGGUUUGUUAAAGCUUGGUAAGCGAAUAAUUAAGAAGACUGCAGAGGUGGUUUCCCUGAAGAAUCAAAUUAAACAUAUAAGCAUAAUGGUUGGGAAGGCACCAGCUCCAGUCAUAAGAAAGCAUGCCAAGAAAAUUAAAGAGGUUCCGUCACUUAUAAAGCAUGUAGAACAGCUGCUAGAGUGUUUGAGAAAGAAAGAAUUGAAGAGAAUUUGCAUAUGGGGACCACCAGGAGUUGGGAAAACUACAAUAAUGGAAAAUCUCCAUGAUGCAAUGGAUGAGGUUCGACAGUUUGACAUAAUCUUUUGGGUAACUGUGGAUGACAAAAGCAUAAGAGAUAUACAGGAAGUGCUGUUGAAGCGGUUGGAUGUAAAAGCAGAAGAACAAAGUAAUGACCAAAGAGCAAACUUGAUAUCAGAAGAGCUGAAGAAUAUGAGCUAUAUCUUGUUCCUUGAUGAAGUUUCUGCUGACAUUAAUUUGAAAGAAAUUGGUAUUCAUGAUGAGCAUAGACAUGGAAAGGUGGUCUUUGCUUGUAGGUCUAGAAACAUCUGUGGACAAACUGAUGAGGACAUCAAUGUCCAGAGAUUGUCUGAUGAGGAUGCUCAAAAGCUGUUUUGGGAGACAGUGGGUGCCAGUUUGAAGGGUAAUCGAGACAUCAAUCCAGUUGCAAGAUUGAUUAUCAACGAGUGUGGUGGCAUGCCACUCAUUAUUAAGUUGAUAGGAAAAAGUAUGGCAAAUGUUAGCAAUCCAGCAAUUUGGCGAGAUACGUUGAUUCAGUUAAGGUCACCGAGUGAUGAACCAAAGCAAGAACUCGAAGAAUUUUACAAGUUCUUUAAAUUUGUUUUUGACAAGCUACCCUUGGAGAAACGACCUUGCUUACUAUAUUGGGCAAUUUUUCCUGCUGGCUGUGAACUUCACCAAGACUAUAUUAUUGAGUGCUGGAGAGCAGAACAGUUUUUCAUGCACAUAAAAAAGCUUGGGGAGGUGCGUGACAGAGGGCAUGCCAUUUUGGAUGAAUUUGUUCGGAAAUCUCUCCUGGAAAAGGGAAGGAAGUUGUCACAUUAUAAGAUGUUUGAGCAUUUUCAACGAGUUGCGUUGAGAAUGGCUAAUCUCAAUGAGAAUAAUUACAGAAUUUUGGUUAAAGAUGGAGAAAAGAUUAGAGAAGAAGAAUGGGAACAUGCAUACAGGAUCUCUUUAAUUCGUUUAUGUUUAUCUACACUUCCAAAAAGGCCUAGAUGUUGCAGAAUCUUAACUUUGUUACUUCAAGAAAGUCAGUUGAUAGAAUUUCCCAUGUCUUUCUUCGGAUAUAUGUGCAGCCUUCAACUUCUAGAUUUGCAUGAUACAAGAAUCAAAUUGCUUCCAUCAUCUAUCUCCAGCUUGAUAAAUCUCAAAGCACUUUUCCUGAAUAAUUGUACUCAACUAAAGCUGCUGCCUGCUGAAGUAGGAGAUCUCCAUAGUCUUGAAAUAUUUGAUAUAUGUUAUACUGGUAUUCAUGCUUUGCCAAACGAAAUUGGAAACUUGACUAAUCUCAGGUGUCUAAGAGUUUCCUUUACAGAACUUGGUGGAAAUUCUAACCAUGUAACAGUUGGACCGAGGGAGAUGAUUUCCUCUAACAUGAUUGCGAAUCUUUUCUCUUUGGAGGAAUUGAGCAUUUAUGUGGAACCCAAUAAUAGAAGAUGGAAUCAAAUUGUGGAAAACAUUGCUAGGGAAGUUGCUGCACUUGAAGACUUGACUGCUCUAUCGUUUUAUUUUCCUGAGGUGAAUUGCUUCCAGAAGUUUGUCGAUACAAGCAAAUCAUGGAAUGGAAACAGCACACUUUGGCGAGGCAACAGCUUCCGAUCAUUCAGUAUCCUUGUUGGCUAUCAUCAGGGAAGCAGUCAAUCAACAGAAAUUGAUAUCUCUGGAUGCUCAGCUGAAAAGCAUUUUAGAUUUUCAGGUGGCGAAGGAUUCCCCGAUGCAGUAUUAAAGAUGUUAGAACAUGCUUGUGCUUUUGAGCUGAUUGGUCAUCACACUGCUGCCAGCUUAUCAGACUUUGAUGCUGAUAGAUUUGGAGGGCUUGAAGCUUGUAUAAUUGAAGAUUGUAGCGAAAUGACAAGCAUCAUUGAUGGUAGUGUUACAAGAGGUGUUGCAUUUCAGUGUUUGAAGAAGCUAUACAUAAGCAAUCUCCCAAAAUUGGCUGAUAUUUGGACAGGUUCAAUAGAACCAGAGAGCCUCGGCAUGCUGACAACUCUAACGCUGACAAGAUGUCAUAGUGUGAAUACACUUUUCUCAAUAGAAAUGGUCGUUAGACUUAACCAGCUACAGUUUCUGCAAGUUGAGAACUGUAAUGGGAUUGAAGAGAUUGUUAACGCUGGAAGUUUCGUCGAACCAACAGCCUUACCUAAAUUGAAGAAACUGCAACUCAUUGAUCUGCCCAAUUUAUCAUACAUUUUCCACAAUGCAUCUUUGGCUUGGCCUUCUCUGGAGUCAAUAUUGAUCAAGACUUGUGAGAACCUAAAAAGCUUCCCAUUUACCAUUGAAAAUGCAAUCAAAUUGAGAGUGAUCCGGUGCACUCAAGUUUGGUGGAACCAGUUGGUUUGGCCGAACGACAUUGUUAGAUAUCAUUUUCAAAGCUUUCAUCAAAUAAUUUGAGGAAUUUUAACCGCACACGACUGCAAAAUUUAUAUAUUCUGUAUGUGAUUUUAAUGUAAAGACUGGCUUUAUAGUGUACCGUAAAUUAUAUUUUGCGGCAAA